CCUUCCUACAAGUAGUACCGCCCAUUGACCCUUGACGUUUCGAUAUAGGGGAUUCCCAUGACGUCAUAUGACAGCUGCAUAUAGUGAUGCGGUGUGGCUACAUGAUUCGGCUGGAUGAGUCUAGGGGAAAACGGGGACUUCCAGCGCAAUGGAGGGAUGUUGGAGUGAAACGGGAUGACAGAUCGUACCUUGAGGCUGGCAAGGAGCAGAUAAUGGUACGAUCGAUCAAGGUUUGAUAAGAAAAUACGUGUCUUUACUUGAGCAUCACAUCACCACAGUUCGCCACUCGCCUCCAUCUUUAAAUACCUCCCAACGUGUGGGUACGGUUGAACGUGACAUGAAAGACGAUAUGUUGGGUGUCUGCCAAGAGCGUCUCAACAUGAAACAGAGCCACCUAGCGGAAUAGAGCAGCCGUGCCAGUAUAACAGUACAGUGAGAUCAUGAGAGAAGAGGCGACCCUGUGCUGUACAAUCCAUAUUGCAGUCUUUUCCUUUACCUUUACGACCGAAGUCGGGUACCCAUUUUUACACAUGGGUGAAGUGAGGAAAGCUGUGUAAAGUGCCUUUCCCAAGGGCACAGCGUCGGGGGCACGGUGGAUAUCGAACUCGGGACCUCUAGAUUCCGAGCCGAACGCGCUCCACCAUUUACGCUACACACGACGCCAGACAGUUCCUGGCUUCCUGAACAGUUUACCUGGUUCUCAAGUUUGUCCAAGGCGAAGAUGUCUCGGCAAAUAGAACUUCAGAAGAAGGGCCUUACAAAGGUUCCUUCUCACGUGCUUCGGGCUGGUAAAGACCUUAGAGAACUAAACAUGAGACAAAACCAUCUGUCUUGCCUGCCGGACGAUUUCCGCAACCUGAAGGGUUUAGUGAAUGUCAAGUUGUGGGACAAUAACUUUAAAUCCUUCCCUGAACAGCUUUUGGAGCUUAUAGAGUUAGAGGAAUUAGACAUCGGAUGCAACGAGUUAGCGGAAGUUCCAGAAAAUAUCGAAGUAUUGCAAAAGUUGAAGAUGCUACGGUUGUACAAAAACAAGCUGCAAAAUCUUCCAGAAGCCUUUUGCAACUUACGCAAACUGGAAAUGUUCUAUCUUGGAGACAACGGGGUCUCGUCUCUUCCUCGUGACUUCGGCAAGCUGACGAACUUAGCCGAUCUGUGGUUCGGUAAUAAUCGUUUCGAAGAUUUUCCUGACCAAGUUCUCUGUCUCGUCAACCUCAAGAUUCUCAACUUUAGCGGAAAUAAGUUGAGGAAGAUACCGGAAGACAUUUGCAAGUUGAACAAACUUGAGAACCUUUACCUGGACAAGAAUGAGCUGACGUCACUUCCGGAAUCGAUUUGUAGGAUGACGUCGUUGACCGUUCUUCAUCUACAAGAUAAUCGAAUCACCGCGCUGCCAAUGGGGUUUGGAAGUCUAGUCAACAUCAAAAAAAGAGCUGAUCUCCGACUUAAGAACAACCCCCUAUGCCAGCCUCCACAUGAAGUUUGCGCGGGAGGAAUUGAGUCCAUCGCCGCCUACCAGGACGAACUUGGGCGGUCUACAGCGACUGUUGUGCCGCAAGUAAAGCUAACCCUGGUCGGGACGCCUCUCUCGGGGAAAACUAGCCUCUGUAAUGCCUUGACUCAGGACGUUUCUGUACUUACAAAAGAGGAAGACCGCACGCAUGGGGUGCAGAUCACACCGUGGUCGGCAGAGGGCAAUGUUACGUUGCUUGUGUACGACUUUGGCGGACAUCCCAUCUACCACAUGACCCACCAGCUGUUCCUCACUAAGGGAAGCCUCCAUAUCCUAACGGUGGACCUCGCCAGGUACAGGAAAGAGGCGUUCCCAACGUCUGUCGGCAAAUGGGUGGACAUACUUCGCGCAAGGGUACCUGGGACACACGUCCUUUUGGCGGGAACACACGUGGACCAGAUAAAAGACGUAGAAGAAAUUCGGACGAAAUGUGAAGACAUCGAAACACAAAUUGGCCAAAUGCAAGAAAAUCACGUGAAGGAUCUUGACCGACAAAUAAGAAAGAUCACCAAGGAGCUUCAAGGCGUCCGCGGCGACAGUUCAAACUCCACUCAAGACGGAUACAUCAAACGCCUGACGGAACUACAUGACUCCAAACCGCUGAAGUUCUCCCGAGUCUUCCCGCUGAGUUCGGCAGAGGGUCUUCAGGGAGUCAACGCACUGCGAGCUGAAAUCUUAAGGGUGUUGGAAGACACCUCCACCUUCCCAGACUUACGCCGAGUACUGCCGAAGACAUGGGCUGAUCUAGAGACAAGACUUGAAUCUCUAAGAAAAGAGAAGAGCUUUUCAGUUUCAAGGUCAGUGUGUCGACAGAUUGCAUCGGAGGUUGGUCUCACCUCGGAGAUAAGCAUGAAUACUGCGGUUGGAUACCUUCACCGGAAGGGCGCCAUCUUGCAUUACAGUGAAAACGAGGCUCUUCGUGAUCACGUGUUCCCAGAUCCUGUUUGUAUAGUUGAGAUCUUCAAGGGCUUGUUCCACUACGACACCGAUUCGGUGUUCAGCGUCGAUAACCCACGAUUUGAAGACAUGCUUAGCAUGGAGCUGGAUAGAGUCAAAACCUCCUUGCUCCAAAAUGGCCUCUUGUCACGUGAUGUGAUCCACAUGCUCCUCUCCGACAGUCCCGUGAUGCUUCAGUCGGACCUUGUGAUGGAUCUGCUGUUAGAGUUCGGUCUUUGCUACCCUGUUCCGGUCAGCCCUUCAACAGCCGCUAUCUUUGGUACGGAUCAACAGUAUCGGUUCCCGUCAUACCUCCAGAGUAGCCCUCCAAAGACCUACAACAAAGUGUGGCCAGCACAAAUCUCUGAGAGCCAAGAUCAAAUCGAACUAGGUCACACACUGAAGGGUUUUUGUCCACCGGGACUGUUUGAACGUCUUUGUGUCCGAAUCCAUCCGCACGUGACCUACAGACAAGACUGGAAAGAUGGCGUCAUGGCCUGCAAGGGCGACCUUCAGAUCCUGGUCCAGAGAACCCUGCGCCGCUCAGGAGACUCUGGGAACGAGAACGCCCCCGGAACACAGUUGACCUCACGAUUUGACGUCAUCAACCCCAAUGACGAGAUCGACAUCGUCAUAACAACCAGGGCUGACACCAUCGACGUCAACCGGAUGUGGAAGGCCCUACUUCCGCUUCAAGAAGAGCUGGACAACCUUAUGAAGGAAUGGCCUGGACUGACCCACACUUCCUUUGUCACGUGUCCGCACUGCGUCAAGAACAACGCUGUUGGUGACAGGUACCGUUUUCCCGGCCAGAUCUUAGACCAGCCAGCUCCCGAAGAAGAUAUGAUGGUGUGCCCGAGAUCCGGAGGAACCUCUUUCUUCAGAACGUCUUUAGUUUCUCCUCUGAGAGCAGAGGAAGAAGCCAACUCCAAAUCGCUGCCAACAAGCGGAAAAGCCAGUGCCGCUGUGAACAACGCUGGUGUAACUGGAGUUGGGAACAUCGUUAUUCAAACUGGAAAUGACUGCGUUAUCAACGUCAACACCAUAGGAAACAAAGACUCUGAAGUAUACCACAUGACAGUGGAGGACGUUGUAGAGUUUCUUCAGUCCUUGAGACUGGAUGAAUACACGGAAACUUUCCGACAGAAGGGGGUUGACGGCGCCAUCUUGGCUGAGCUGGAUGACCGCGCGCUAAGGACGAUGGGAGUGAGAAACCCAGCGCACCAAAACUCCAUCCUACGAGCCACUGCCGCGCUCUGUGGGGAGACAUCGUUCACAGUCGGUGCUAAGCGAUAACUGGGUUCAAUCAAGUUCAUAACAACUGUGAAAUAUGAAUAUCAACAUACCAAUUUAAUAUAGUAUUUUGUACAUAAACUCUAAAUCUAUAGAUCUAUAUAUCUAUAUAGGCCAUAUAGAUGAUACAUGGGAUAAUAUGUAAAAGAUUCGAUAUAUAUAAUAUAUAUUAGUAUCUCACUUUUUAAGUUUAUUGUAUCGUAUUAAAAAAUGUGAGGAAUUUUCAUGUAAGUGCAGUACCGAUGCAGUAGGGCUAGUGGCGCUUUACAAAUCCCAGGCUCUAGCUGCAUUUCUUUUUCACGGAGCUACGCCUCGGCCUUUUACGCUCUUUGGUCCUAGUCCGAUCUACUUCACAGAGAUAACAGGGGUGAAUAAGACAAGAAAAAUGUGCGUUGCACUUUCUGUUAGUUGUGUUGCCACAUAUAUUUUUGUGUAAUAUAUUUUGUGAUACAUCUAUCCUGUAAAUAAUUUUCGUAUGCGUCAGGGAUUCUAAAAAAAUGCAAUGUGGAU